AUGGCCGAAAGACACGCUGCAGGCGCCCCGUCCACCCAGAACACUCCUCUCCCACCCAGCGUCGAAAAGGCAUACUACCGCAAAUGCAUCGAGCUCAAGCGCCGGCUGAACGAGGUCGAGGCCGCAAACGACGAGAUGAAGCUGCGACGCGUGAGGCAGGACAGAGGAGUCAUGAAGAUGCGACUACAGCGGGCAUAUCUGCUCGAUCAUCUGCGCAAGAUGAUGGAGCACACGACGAAUGUAGAGGGAAGCGAAGGCAGCGCUGACGAAGGGAUGAACACUCCACCAGUAGACCGACCACACCGCGAUAAGAGGCGGCGUCACCUACCUCCCACGCCUUCCGCUCCGCAGCCCGCAGCCAGCUCGCAUGCUCAUCAGCCUGCCCCUUUCGCUCCACCAGCACGUGUCCCGUCACAGCCGGAAGUCGGUGGGACUCCAAUGACAAUGCCCGGGCAGGGCGGUAUGGGCGGCUAUGGCUACCAACCGCAGUAUGAGCAGCAGCGCACGCCCUCCGGCCCACCACCACAGCAAUACACGCCUCAAGCAGCACCUCCGAUUCCAGCUAGUCCGUACGGACCGCCACCACCAGCGAGAACGAAUGGCGCGCUUGAGCACGACCGUGAGCGCGAAGCAGCAUUGUUGAAUAGAACACCUGGGUCGACAAUGCCGGAGAAUGGCGAUGGUGAAAGAAGGGUUGUGUCGUCCGCACCAGCAGAGAAUGCUAAUGCGGAGAACUCACAGCUACCGGAAGCGGGGGCAAGCGCCUUCACGAGCACACCAAAAGCGACGAAUGAGCCGAAGAAGAGUCCAGGGUCCUUCGCAUCCGCCGGGAAGGAAGAACGCCGCGAAAACAAGCGUGGUUCCAUCCGUGGAUAUAGACAAUCUCUCUACAAGCAGCUUUGUCGUUGCAUGGACUCCCAACCCUGUGCCUGUGGACUGCGUGAAGAAGAGGAAAUAGCAAAAUUCAGAGCAAGCCGCGAUGGAGACGAAGGCAACGGCAACAGUGAAGCCGCUAGACCUGCGAAGGAGAGCGGAAAGGCUGCGGCACCUGAGCCUCUUGAUCCAGCAGGAUCUAGGGGAAUCUUCGUGCCUCCACGGCAACAUCAUGGUUCAAAGUACGGCGACGUGACAGACUUGCGGCAACUGGACAGGCCAGAGGCCAACGCACCACGACGACUGCCUCGCACGAAGGUGGGGCCGCAGAAACGGUUCCGAUAG